AUGGAAGAAUCCACUGAUAACAAUAAUUCAUCUUCUGUGUCGUCUGAUAAAGUAGAAAUUUAUCACGCAAACCAGUCGCCCUACUGGCCAACAGUUGCCUUAUCACAGUCUGACCAGACCGUACCGUUCUCUGCCACGGCCGACACGGGCCCAGAUGACGGCGUGGGGCCGGCCGUGGCCGCUCUCUUCAUCGUGGCUGAGAUCGCCGGCGCUGGUAUCCUGAAUCUGCCAUACGCCGUCGCUGAAACUGGUUGGUCUGGACUCGCAUUGCUGAUCGUUCUGGCGGUGAUGGUGACGUUCUCUGGGACGCGGUUAAGCCAGAGUUGGUUGAUACUGGAGCAGCUGUGGCCGCAGUACCGAACUGUCAACCGAGCUCCGUAUCAGAACAUCGCCUAUCGCGCUUUCGGAAAAUGGUGCAUGCGGCUGUUGGAAGCAAGUUUCCAAGUCACUUUGCUUGGCGCUGGCGUCGUCUAUCUCCUGGUAAUCGCUGGGUUUGUCUCUGAUCUCUGGAAUGAAAUCGGCCAUGGAAUUCCAGAAAUUACGUUUUGCGAGGCCGUGCUGAUGCUAGGAAUAAUACUUACCCCUGUUACGUGGUUGGGGUCUCCGAAAGAUUUCUGGUGGUCAUCUCUGGUAGCUGUGGGUACUACCAUGGCUACGUUGGUUGUCAUUGUAGUUCAAGUCGUAAAGGCUGCCCCCACCACCAACCCCGUGUACACGACACCCACCCUCCAGAGUUUCUCCUUAGGUUUUGGUUCAAUUUUGUUUUCAUUGGGAGGAGCAUCUAUGUUUCCUGCCAUUCAGAACGACAUGAAAAACCGAGAGAAGUUCUCGUUGAGCGUCAUCACAGGGUUCGUUAUUCUGGACGUGAUGUAUAUGGCUGUGUCAGCGACCUGCUACUCCAUCCUGGGCAGCGACGUGCCUACGAAUAUUCUGGACGUUGUAACGGGCCCGGCUGGCACCGUUGUGACGGUUCUGCUGCUCGGGCAUUUCUUAUUUGCCUUCGUGAUCACCGUAAACCCAUCCAUGCAGAGCCUUGAGGAACUUCUUGGGGUAGCACACCGUUUUGGAUUACACCGCGUUAUCCUCCGCAGCGUAGUCAUGGCAGGAGUGACUCUAACAGCUCUACUCAUCCCGAACUUCAGUCAACUUCUCUCUCUGCUCGGCGGAGCCACCGUAUCCAUGAUGUCUUUCAUCUGCCCGCCUGUCUUUUACUGGAGACUUUGCUCUUUCACUGAUCCUGUCACUGAGCAAAAAGUCAGGACAGUUUCUAUUUUACAGAAGCUGGCACUCAGUGGCAUCGUGAUGCUGGGUGUAGUUGGUGGCACUGCUGCCACCUACAGUGCCAUAAGCGCCAUCAUUGGUGGCAGUAAUUUCAAUACAACUUGUUUCACGGCAAGUUCGUUUCUGGGCGCUAAUAACUAAUGCAAUGGUUUACAUUUCUUUUGAAUUAAUA